AUGCUGCUGUGUCUUUCGGAGCCCGUUGAAAAGGCACGGCUCCUCUCAGCCAGUAUUCUCUUUAAGUUUUUCUGCGAAGCACCAGCAGUGGACGAAGCCCUGGGAGAAGUGCUGCGGGCGCUGACUGCCCGCUUUGGCUCCGAAGACAUUGAAAGAGUGGCUCACCUGCCCCCAGUGAUGCGCCCAGACCCUGAGUACAAGCCCCUGCAGCUGACGCCCAUAGAACAGAGCGACGAAAUGCGGCAGAGUCUGUUCAAGUUGCUUCAGCUGGUGCUGCACAGAAGUUCAGAUGAAGCCGUUUUGAGCCACCUAGACUUGGCCGUAGGCCUGCUGCGGGCCGGCGCAAUGGAUGUGUGCCCUGAGGUGAAGUGUUUGGCACUGGAAGCCGUCGUUGAGUUCUGCAGUCGGCACCAAAACAUGCUGCUGCACUUCACUGAGCCGCUGGCGAGGUCACUUCUUUCGUGUCUUGUGCACCAGCACUCGCGAAUCCGAAUGAGAGCUCUUCGCGCACUCACACUGGUGAUUUCUUGUGGCUUGUACAAGUACAACGGCGAAAUCAUUAAUAUGUUGGCUGGCUAG